CACUCCGUUACUCAGGGUGACUUCAACAACCCCUGCCAACCGAUUGCGUCCGUAAACGGCCAGAACGGCUUCGAUUCCGGCCUCCAAAUGACCGGUGUCCAGUUCACGCUGAACGUCACCAACGACCAAGAGCCCAUUUACUUCUUCUGCAAGUCUCCCACCCACUGCGGUCUUGGCAUGGUCGGAUCCAUCAACGCGCCCUCCUCCGGCAACACAUUCGACGCCUGGCAGGCUGCUGCCGUUAAGAUCGGGUCGUCAGAACAGACGCUCCAGGACAAUGGCCCCGUCACCGGUGGCAUUGGUGCUAUCGCCACCGCCGCCCCCGCGGCGACCGCGACUUCAGCGAGAGGAUCGAGCGGGUCGUCGGGUAGCUCGGGUGCCCUC